AUGAGCCCUUCAUCGAUGGACCCCGGUGAACGUCACACAUACUACAUGAUUCUGGGCAUCACUCGCAAACUCCUACAGGAACAGGCGGCGGAGCCUCAGCAGAUCAUCAAACGGGCCUAUCACCGCGCCCUCCUCCAAAACCACCCUGACAAAUAUAAGAAAGUCCAGACACUGAACACCACAUCGGUAACAUCCCACGCUGGCAACACCGCCUUUACAAUCGACCAAAUUUCUACGGCCUACAAGGUCCUCUCGGACCCAAGGUCAAGAGCAGAUUACGAUAGGUCCCUCGACCUCGCGCCCAACAACCAAGGUCCCAAGCGCGGCGAGCAGACCUUCCAGACCGGCGUAGAGAACGUCGACCUCGACGACCUUGAAUUUGACGAGAGCGGCGGUCCGGACGCCGAUUGCUGGUACCGCAGCUGCCGCUGUGGAAACCCACGGGGAUUCCUGUUCACGGAGGCGGACCUGGAGGAGGCUGGCGAGAACGGCGAGCUUCUUGUGGGCUGUCAGGACUGCAGUCUCUGGAUGAAGGUCCACUUCGCCAUAGUCUUGGACGAUUCAUGA